UAGUAUGUGCCUCCUCCUCUCUACAUCAGCAUCAGUGUGAGUUUAGCAGCAUCAUCCUUCGGACCCUCACCGCUUACUUUCAGUCGAGGCUGACUUUUCUCCCGCAAAAAAAAACCCCAAAACCCUCCCGACAGCAUCAUUGAGCUGGUAGUGUCUCAACAGAAGAGUAGCUUCAGACCACUGAACCGCUUGUUGUCUCCGUCCUCGCAGGGUGUGUGUUGGACCACUCCAGACAUCAGACCGGACUUCUCCCGUUCACUCCGCACUCCUGCAAGGCAAAAUGGGGAAACAGAACAGCAAGCUGACCCCUGAAGUGAUGGAGGACCUGGUGAAGAACACAGAGUUUAAUGAACACGAGCUGAAGCAGUGGUACAAGGGUUUCCUGAAGGACUGUCCCACCGGCCGCCUCAACCUGGAGGAGUUCCAGCAGCUGUAUGUUAAGUUCUUCCCAUACGGCGAUGCGUCCAAGUUCGCCCAGCACGCCUUCAGGACCUUCGACAAGAACAGCGAUGGCACCAUCGACUUCAGAGAGUUCAUCUGCGCGCUGUCCAUCACAUCACGAGGCAGCUUCGAGCAGAAGCUCAACUGGGCCUUCAACAUGUACGACCUGGACGGAGAUGGCAAGAUCACACGGGUGGAGAUGCUGGAGAUCAUCCAGGCGAUCUACAAGAUGGUCGGCACGGUGAUCAUGAUGAAAAUGAACGAGGACGGCCUGACGCCCGAGCAGCGGGUGGACAAGAUCUUCUCCAAGAUGGAUAAGAACAACGACGACCAGAUCUCGCUGGACGAGUUCAAGGAGGCGGCCAAGAGCGACCCAUCCAUCGUACUACUGCUGCAGUGCGACCUCCAGAAAUAGGCCGGUACGGGCGAGGCCGCCGCCGCCGCCGCCGCCGCCGCCAGCCACCACGGACUGCACAGAAAGAAUUUCAUGUUCCAUUCAGUUUGCAGCUAUUUCCACUGAAAAAAAUAUAUAUAUGCUUGGACUACCUUUCAAUGGAUCUGCUUCUUGUGUUUGAAACACUCGUGUGCAUGAGAAUGUUAUUUGCUAUAAAAAAAAAGAUCUACACACACAACAUACAACAACAGUGUACGGGUGCACGUACAGUACACACACAAACACACACUCACUACAUAUGCACAAAUAAUAAAUAUAGAUAUAUAAAUAUGAAUAUAUAUAUUUCAAUUAUCUAAAGAUCAACUGCCAAAAUGUGAAGUGUGCAAAGUAUUUUCCAUACAUUCUACUGGAGCUUGCGCAUCAGUGAUGUGCCACGUCGAAUUUGCCGCUACUCUAUUUAUUGUUCCGAGUUUACCGACGCUAGCUGUAUGUGUUUCAUUAAUACCGAGUAAUAUCAACCGAACCAAAUUCCUAUGAUAAUGUAUCUGCCUCCAAUAAGACACUCUAUCCAUCGUCUCCAAUAUUAUCUCUAGAAGAGAUGGAUUUGUCCAACUUUGUCCUUCUGAAACAUGCUUGUACUGUCAGUAAAAAAGAUGUAAAUGUAGUUAAUUUGCAUGCCUUUAGGUUCUGCCUUAAAAAAAUCUCCUCGUUUUGCAUCCUGUGAUCGAAGACAGGAAGCCUUAUCAAAGCAGCGCGGUGACACAGAAAACAUUUUCGCAGGAUAAAAAAUCAGUAGUCAUGCGGGGUGUAUUUUCUGUGAUCCGCCGAGGCGUCUUCUUUCGACUGCUUUAACUGUGGGAGCAUGUUUCCUCGUAGAUUUCGCUGUAGUAUAUGUUGCUAAGUACUAAAUCCCCACCCCCGUGCAUUCAAACACACUAUCUCAUUACAAAUUAGAUGUUGAAUGUGGAGGAAUCCGUCAUUUUGAGCCAGUAUCAGAUUAAAAAAAAAGCUAAAUUGAUAGAUUUGUGAAGCUAAUGGACCGGAGGCAUGAGAUGAAAUAUUUCCAUCUGGAUUCCCUGGAGAACAAAUGAAAGCUAAAUUAGAUUAGAACGAAGAUCUAUAGCUGGAGAGCGUUGUUAUCAAACUACGUGUCACCAUCACAUCCACUUUUGUUCCGAUUAGCCCGCAGGUUGCAUAUCAAUACGAUGAAUUCAGGAGCGCUAAAAGAAGAGAAGACAUGAGGCCCCGUGCAGCAUUUUAACUUUGUCGUUUGUCUUUUUUCAGUGGAAGUAAAUGAGUGCUAACGUAGUGAGAGGAGCAGUGAAUGGUUUUUCAUUACACACAGUAUGUAACUAGUAGAGGACAGCCCUUACUGUAAAGCCAUGUGUUUAGUAGGUUGGACAAUUGGCCCUCCCUAACCCGAACCCUCGGAAGUAUUUCUCUCUUACCAAUCAGUCAAUCUUUUUGUACUUUUUUACUCCCUUCUCUCACACAUUGUUCACAUACUGAUGCGUUCGAAAUGUAGAGAAGUUCA